CAAGUCUAAAAUUUAUAUUAUUUCCCCAAAUGUGAGGUUUAAUUUGGUUGACUAUUUAUAUACAUAAUGGGAAACGCAGGUAGUAAUCAUCCCAAAGAAUGGCAUAAAGAUGCUGCAGCCAAACCAACAGGCGCUGGUCCAUCUUCCCCAACCAAAGAAGGCGAGGCUUUUACGUUUGACAAAAAGGUAGACGAUGAUCGAAGUGGAAGAGAUGACGACAAUAACAUUGAGGAUGGGGCCCCUUAUUAUACCAAGGCCGUGCCUGAGAGCGAGGAAGAAUUCGGUGUUAUGCGUGAACGAUCAAACACGUUGACUGAAGGCAGUAAAUCUACGGACGAAUCGAAAGUAUUGCCCACUGUGUUUAGAUGGGAAGGUGGUGGUAAACAGGUUUUCAUUAGUGGAACAUUUACUGACUGGAAGACAAUUCCUAUGGUGAAGAGUCAUGGAGAUUUUGUGACCAUAAUAGACCUCCCGGAAGGCGAACACCAGUACAAGUAUUUUGUGGAUGGAGAGUGGCGCAAUGACCCUACAGUGAAAUUAGUUGACAAUGGCAUGGGAUCCAAGAAUAACUUGGUAAAGGUGAAGUUGUCAGACUUUGAGGUGUUCCAAGCUCUGGCCAAGGACAGCGAAGGAGUACUCAGCAGCGCCCAGACUGAGUAUUCACAGGAAAUUCCACAAGCUAAACCAUGGGAGAAGGUAUCAGGGCCGCCAAUAUUGCCCCCUCACCUAUUACAAGUCAUAUUGAACAAAGAUACACCACUUUCAUGUGAACCAACUCUCCUACCAGAACCAAACCACGUGAUGUUGAACCAUCUAUACGCGCUGUCAAUCAAAGAUGGAGUCAUGGUCCUAUCCGCGACCCAUAGGUACCGGAAGAAAUACGUCACCACCCUUCUGUAUAAGCCAAUAUAGGUCAAGGUGUCAUGGUAGUUAUAAAGGUGACAAGCCCCCAUAGACGGAUCAAUUUUGUUACCAAUAUAAUAUAAUCCCAUCUUUCACUGCCGGUGACCCGCUAGGAGGGUUCUCUGUUCGAGGCGAUUUUCGCUACAUAUGGGUUUUCCCGUGUUAUAGGUUACGAACGUCGCGCUGGCAGUGAAUCCGUUAAGGCUUGGCCACGCAUUAAAUUAAAAUAAUAACAAUUUGAGUCCCAAACAUACCUAAUAGGCGUCACAAAACGUCCGAGGCGUUAUACGCGUCCUUAUAAGUCAAUGUGUUGAAAUCGAUCAACAUGUGUAAGAAAUUUGAUCGUCAAUGGGGGUCUAAAGUUGUAACCUAGUACAUGUAUGUACAGGUAUGUACAGUGGAACAAUUUGACUUAAGACCAUGAAAAAUAUGCGCCGCUUUGAAUUCGUAUCUACCGCUCUUGCAUAUUCGAGCGAUAGAGACGCUGCUGGGUCCUGGCUAUGGGCUCUAUUGCUGAGGCAAUAGAGUCUAAAAUGAAAGUGUUUACUUUUAUGCACUAGCAGCUUACAGCUACACUUAUCCUUAAAGGCGAGCGUUACGAGAAUUUUAGUUCAUCAUGGGAAUUCAUUUAUCACGUUCAGCGGAAUAACAGCGUGUGAAUAGAAGGCCCAAAGAUGGACGGACGAUCUGGUUAAGAUCGCAGAAUAGCUGAUACUGAUAUGAUGUUAUACUUUUAUUUAUUUAUUUUUAUUGCACAAUGUAAAAAUGGGAGACUGAAUGCCUAAAGGCAUUCUCUACCAGUCAAAAAUAAGAAAAUAUUUACCCUAUUUUUUGCAAACAACUGAAGGACAUAAUAAACUACAUAUAAAAUACAAAUAACAAGACUAUAAAUUAUUAAUAUACAACUACAUAUUGAAUAUACUUUUGUGUCAGAGUCAAAUUGUUUGAAUGUACUUGCCUUUUCGAUUUGUUCAGCAGUGUGCCUAGGUAAAUAUAAUAUUGUUAUUUAGGUUUUAGCAAUUAGACAUUUACCCUUCACGCGAAAUGUACUAACAGUAUUCUUGUCAUUGUUAUAGUGUUUUUGCAUUGGCAAAAACUUAGUCACAGUUCGCUAAUAAUAAUAAGUCAUGGAUAAAGCAAUAUUUAAAAUAGUUGGCUUGGUCACUCUAACAAAAAUGGAGGAAUUUAGAGUUAUGUAAAACGCACAUGCUAUUUUUGUUCGUUUAUCGACUUUAUCGCAUUCGCAACGGGUGAAAUGAUUAACCGUUUGACCGUCAACGACGUCAUUCCACGUCGACGAAAGGUUGUGCCCCGGAUUCUAAGACGUCUAUAUGUAGCCGUCAAGAAUUACCGAAAUAUAAUUAUACUUAAAUAAAAUCUUACAAGUAUGCUGUUGUACUCUAUGUAGCUUUGAUUUUUAAUAGGUAAGUUUUUAUGAAAAGUUAUUAGCAGUGAUCGUUAAUUUUCCAACAAUUUUGGUGCAGCAUAGUAAAAAUAAAGAAUUUUCUUCAAUUUUUUUCUAGGGAGAGGAUUGGUUAAGGUUAAUAUUAACCCUAAUUAUCUAUUCCACCUUGAGUAGGGCAUACAGAUUCUUUUAACCAACAAUGCUGCACCAAAGUUGCUGGAAAAUUAACGAUCACUGGUUAUUAGAAACUAACUCAUAUUUGUUGCUUAUUGAUCACAAUAUUUGAUCAGUGAUAGACUCCAACCACGCUAUCAAAUAAUUAACGCCACAGGUACUCGACGUAGCACCUGCCAUGAAAACUUAGUCUAGCCCGACUCUACUGAUAGGUACUAGAUGGAAAAUAAUGGCUUGGAAAACGGUUUUAUGUCGGCGUGAUAUGACGUUCUUUGCAGUUAAAGGGUUAGCAAAAUAAUUUAUUGAUGUACAUAAUUGAACUUGAAUAAAAUUCCAUUGUCAAAAUAUUAAGUGUGAUGUGCCUCAACGAAGCCCAAAUGAUGUCUCCCAAGAAAGUUUAUAAUGUAAGAAAUUCUAUUUAAUGAUUACUUACUUUAGUAUGAAAUAAAUUAUGCGCGUCGGU